AUGGUAACCGAUUCAUUUUUUACAGAUCCUUCAGCAAAGAGGAAAAGAAAGAACAGAGCCACGUCGACUGUUCGUAAUAGAAGUGAUAAGAAAAGACGUAUCAAUCAUAGGAAAAACAAUGAAAAUGACAAUGACAAUAAUGAUAAUAGAAAAGAGGAUGCUGAAUCAGAAGAUUUAGACGAUGAAGUUGGAGCUGACAUCUUUGAAGAAGAUUCAGAGGAGGAGGAUAAUCGAGAAGAGGAUGAAGAAGAGGCCGAAAGAAAGCAGAAAGAAGAAGAAGAAAAAGCAGAAUCUGUUGUAGAUAAACGUCGGAGGCUCGCUAAAGAAUAUCUCGCAGACUUAAAGCGAGGAUUAGAGGAAGGUCAAGAUAAUGGAAUCACCGGAGACUAUGCCUUUGAUGCAAAGGAUUUGGACGAAGAAAUCAUUAGCUCCAGACUUCAGAGAGAUGUUGCGGAGGAAAAAGGUUAUGUGUACAAGUUCUUUGGAAAUCGAAUGAACUUGGAUGAUGCUCAUAUAACAGUGAGGCGUGUAUCCAAUAUGGGAUUGACGUCAAUAUCUGUCAGGUAUCCAUAUCUAUACACCACAUCAAAAGACAUAGAAUUGGCGAAAUGGGAUAUUAGAGACAGUACAAAGAAGCCUAAAAAGGUGAAGUAUGCCCGAGGAGGUGUUAAGUACACGGAGGUUUCGAAAGAUUCUUUGGAAAAUGGACACUGUGAUGAGAUAUAUGCAUGUGCAGUGAGUCCGGAUGGAAAGUAUGUCGUGACAGGAGGUAAAGAUAAGAGAUUGAUAGUGUGGUCUGGAGAAAAUUUAGCAUGCCUCAAAGUAUUACCGACCAAUAGUAAGAAAGGAGAAGUUUAUGGAUUGGCAUUUAGACGCAAGUCUGAUCAAUUGUACGUUGCAUGUGGUGAUUUAAAGAUUAGAACGUACAGUGUGGAUCAACAGGCACAAUUGGAGACCCUAUAUGGACAUCAGGAUCUUGUUGAAGACAUAUCUGCAUUAGGUCAGGAGAGGUGUGUUACUGUAGGUAGUCGGGAUCGAACGGCGAUGCUAUGGAAGAUUCCGGAUGAGACCAGAUUGACAUUUAGAGGGGGAGAUUCGAUAGAAAAGUUUCAGCAAUUAAUGAGGAAGCAAGAGAGAGAUUUAGGGAAGAAUGCAGGUGAUGCAAUUCCUCCGUUUAUAGUGGAGGGAAGUAUCGACUGCGUUGCGAUGGUAGAUGAUUCUCACUUUGUGACAGGUUCUGAUAAUGGUAAUGUUUCACUGUGGUCGACGUCUAAGAAGAAGCCUAUUUUCACAGUGAGACAGGCGCAUGGUAUGCAGCCUAAAAUAAAGGCUGUUGACGUAUCUGCAGAGAGAGAUGUUAAUAUAGCGGAACAGCAGGUUCCUAAACAGUUACCGUUUUGGAUCACCAGCAUACAUGCAAUUCCAUUUUCGGAUAUAUUUGUGAGUGGCUCGUGGAAUGGGGUAUUGAAGGUAUGGAAACUGGCAGAAGAUUUAAGAAGCUUUGAAUUAUUGGGAGAUCUUAAUAGAGCCAAGGGAGUAGUGACUAGAAUAGAUAGCUACGAGGAUGAAGAGAACCAUAGUGUGAGAAUAUAUGCGUCACUAUCGAAAGAGCAUCGAUUGGGAAGAUGGAUUAAGCCUUUGGAAGGAUCGAGGAACGCGAUUUAUUCUGCAACGAUAGAGGUGAAGCAGCAGGCAGCAAUUAGAAAGGAAAAGUCUUAG